GUUUAGCUACAUGUGUUUUUGCAACAUAUUAUUGUGAUUAUGAAAGUACUAUAAUUACAAUGAACAUGCUCUUUUCAUUGAGAGAUUUACUCAUGAUAUUAUUUGCAUCAACUUGUUUAGUGUCAUGCAAUAUUCAUUUAAUGCCAUAUAGGAUUGUAAACUUACAAUUCUAAGUGGUAUGGCAACUAAAGCAUUGUUGUUGUAGUUAUUAGAGAAAUGAGAACAAAAAGUUUAAUAUAUUAAAAAAGUUUAUAGUUUUAGAUAUUAGAGUUAAAAUUUGUUUUAAUCAAAUUAUUAGUUUUUUAUUGUUAGUUUUGGCUUUCACUAGUUUGACAAUUUAUAAGAACUAAAAACUACAACCAUACUAAAUGGAGCUUUAAUUAUAACACAUUUUCUUUACUUUUUGAAGAAUAAGGUUUUUUUAAGGAGAAUCAUUUUUAAUUUUUUUAAUGGGAAAAAUAACUCAUACUAGCGCCACCAGGAAGAAUAUUUUUCUCCGCCUAGCCCUAUGGGGAUCCCUAGGAGUACCCACGGGGAUCGGGCAUUUUUGCCAUCCCUAUCCACAACCAAAGCAAAUGAUGGUAAAGUUUGUUGCAUAUACAAUUUAUGCAUUUCAUUGUAAGUAUUGUAGGACAACAAUGAUUGGUCUAAGGUACAUGUCUAAACUUUUGUUUUGAAUUGUGUGUGAAGUUAUAUUGUUUAAAGCAAGAUGAUAAACUUCGAUAUUUGCUGGACAGAAGCAACUGUCGAUGGGGAGGUAUGGUUCAAUAUGUUGGUUAUAACUUUGACAUGGGGUACUGACCUUCCCCUUGCAUCUAUUUUUAUCAUUCUUGUGAAGCAUGUUGUUCUUGCUCAUUUUCAUUUUACGGUUUUCUUCAUGAAGAUUGUUCUACACAUUACUAAAACCAGAUCCUGUUUUGAAAAGUCUAUUCAGAAAGUUGUGAGAACCUUUUCCUUGUCAUGGAUGGCCUUAUCCGAUCAAUAUAACAUUCACCCAUGAUGUUCUUCUGGCUUGCUUACAAAUUUUCACUAAUGCUGAUAGAGUCCAUGCUGGAAGGGUGCUAACUACUAAGCAGAAUGGGUGCUUUAAAAGAUGCUUUCAGACUCUUAAUACCACUACCAAUGUGAAUGGAAAAGAGAAUGAAUUGGAUUUAACAAUUGGAUAUGACUUUAGAUCUUUGUUCAGGAUUUUUUUUUUUCUUUCUUUUAUUUUGUUAUGUAAUUAAUAAUAUAAUAUUGAUGCAGACAAUAUUAUAGGCAAGUUUUUAAAUAAAGAGUUACUAGUAUGUCAUGAUUGUAAAUUAAUUGUAAGUUUAUAA